CGCUUGGACCUCACCCCCUCUCACGAGGGCGGAGCGAGCCAAAGUCGAGGUGGAGAGACUCCCUUGCCCUCGCCUCGCUCGGAGUGAGAACACGGAGCGCGACGUCGGUGCUCAGUCGCUUCUAAGCCUGCUUCAUCAUCAUCGCGGACGCAUCGCAUCGACGCCAUACCACGACGAUCGUAGACUACGAUGCCACGCGACGCCAACGACGCCGAUGAUGCCUUCACAGAGGCAUACCGAUCUCAUCGCAUUGAGCAAGGCGAUGAUCCUUCGACACUGCCACCCCCAUUGAAGCGUAGAAAGACGACCGGCGGUGGCCGAGGCAGCAAUGCAGCGACCGGUGCAGACGCCGGCGGUUUCCUUCCGGAUAGCAGCGAUGAGGGAGAAGACGAUCAAGACGAUGAUGAGAACGGGCCGGUGCCAGGCUUCCUACCACUCGCAGAGGUUCCACAUGCCCUCUCCAUCCUCUCACUGCCUACCGAUGAUGACGGGAUACUGUCCGUCUUUCGAUCAGCAGCCAUCAAUGAUCCCAGUGCGCCAAGGAGAAGGCCCGGGGGAGAGCCUCUGACCAAGGUCAUCAGUCGAGAGGACUUCUUGCGAGUCUGCGAAGUGUUACUGGAAGACACAAAGGGCGGGGAGGACGAGGAGGAAGAGCGAGCAGACGACCGCAGAAGACGCCGCCCCACAGGCAGGCCAAGCAGACUAGCAGCCGCAAAGCAGCGUAGAGCUGUACAAGACCAGAUGGAGGCAGAAAGUAUCAGCAGCGACUCAGAGGAUGCCUAUCACGGCAGUGAAGAUGAGGAUGAGGGAGACGACGAUGAUGACGAAGAGGAAGAGGCGCCGGCAACCAAAGCGAGUAGCUCACGGCGUAGACGAAAGCGUGCAGCUGAUAGUGAGGACGAGGAGGGCAGAGAUGACAGUAAGAGUGCCCUUGCAGAAACGGCCAUUACACAAGAGCAAAGAGACAUCGCUCAAGGUGCUUGGCAGCUGCUUGCAGACAAAUUAGAGGAGAUAUACCCUGAUUGGGAUGGACAGAGCAUCGGAAAGAAAGAGCUGCAUCGUCUAGCCAUCAGCGUCGGGGAGAAGCUCAACGACAAGGAUGUGAGUAUGGGGGAGAAAGCAAUGGGGUUAAUCGGCGAGAAACUGCAGCUGCUGACCAUUACCACGCAUUUGCACACAGGUCGAGGAGAUGCUAGGACUUGCUCGCUCUUCCUUCGCCCCCGCCUCGUCCAAGUACGCUACUCGUGAAUCAGUUCAGGCAGCUCGAAGAUUGAAGAAGAAGAAAAAGCAGGGUAAUGGCGAUGCAAGCGGUGUCGACGACACUG